UUAUCUUUUUCUUUAGGAGCCUAAGAAGAAACCAGAAUUGCCUGUUCAUGAAGUGGAAGAAACAAGUACUGUAACAUUAACUAUUGAAAAACCUCAGGCUACCAAACCUGAAGAAGUAGUCUUACUUAAAGAUGGAAAAGAGCUAAAACCUUCAGAACAUGUGAAAAUCUCUCCAAUAACACAAACGACAACUGAAGUUCAAAUUAUCAAAGUUAAACCAGAAGAUGAAGGCGAUUAUACAGUUAAAGUCAAAGAUGUUGAACAACCACUUGUUCGACUUAAAGUUCAUCCAAAACCAGUUAUUCGACAAGAAAUGCAAUUACCAAAAACACGAUUCAAUGAAAAGGAAACACUUACUAUUGUUUGUCAAUUUGAUGGCACACCUGAAGAACCAUUUAUCUUUCUUCAUAAUGAUGAACCAAUUGUACCAGAUUCUCGUGUUACUACUACUGUAGAAGAUAAUAAAUAUACAAUAGUUGUUAAAGAUCUUCGUCCAGAAGAAGAUGAAGGUGUUUAUACACUUAAAUCGGAUCAUUUGAUUCUUGAUACACCUUCAAUUACUGUUGUUCCUGAAGAAAAGAAACCUGAAACAGAAACAACGAUCAUCAAAGAGGAAACAGUUACUAUUGAAAUUCCUGAGACACCUACUGUUGAAGUAGUUGAAGAGACUAUUGAAGAAAAACCAAAACCACCUGUUGAGCAACCAUUAGUGAGUGAAGAAGAGACAGUGACUGUUGAAAUAAAACCGAAAGAAAGCGUUCCAGAAGCGAUUGUUGAGAAACCAACCAUCGAAGAAAUUCCAAAAGAAGAAGAAGAAAAAACAUAUCGAAGUGAACUUGAACUUCAAAUUGUUCGUGCUCCAGCAGGUGAUACAAUAACACUUCGUAUACCUGAUUCAAAAACAACAGAAAGAAACGAAAUUAAUCUUUAUUUAAAUAAUCAACCUAUUACAACAUUGAACAAAGAAGAUAGUCGCAUUACAAUUGAAAAAGAUGGUGAAACUGAUAAUUACGUUGUUAUUUCAGAUGUUAAACCUGAAGAUGCUGGUCGAUAUACUGCUGAAUUUAAUGGAAAGUUACAACCACUUUGUAUGCUUGAAGUUACAGAACCGCGAUUGAAAAAAUCGGAAGCUCAAAUUCCAUUAAAAGAAGUUGUUGUUGAAGAAGUUGUUGAAGAAGAAGAAAUUAAACCAGCAGAAAUCCCAACAUAUGAAGUUGUUGAAGGUAAUAGUAUUAAUCUCAAAAUUGAAAAACCAAGAGAUACAGAUAUGAAAAAAAUAUUUUUAUUGCAAAAUGAUAAAAAAUUGGAACCAAGUACUCGUUUGACAAUCAAACCAAUAUCAUCAACAACUAUUGAAAUAAUUAUAGAAAAUGUCAAACCAAAUGAUGAAGGCACUUAUUCAAUUCAAUUUGGUAAUCAACCAACUGAAAAAUUAAUGAUUUUGAAAGUUUUACCAAAACCUGUUAUUCAUGAUUCUCUUCAAUUACCAAAGGACGUGUUUGACGAAGGUGAAACAUUAACCAUCCAAUGUGAAUUUGAUAAGAAACCAGAUGAACCUUUGGUUUGGAAAUUAAAUAAUAUUCCAUUAAGUCAACUUAAGGAUGAUAGAGUUACUAUGGAAAUAACAGAUGAUGGAAAAUCAUAUAUUUUAACAAUCAAAGAUUUACGACCUAAAGACCAUGAAGGAGUUUAUAAACUUGAAAAUUCACAUUUAGUACUUGAAACACCAUUUAUUCGUGUCAUUGAGAAUGUUCAAGAAGAAGAAGAAGAAACAACUAUUUUAGUUGAAGAUGAAGAAACGGAAUCCAUUGAAUUACAACGAAAACCAAAGAAAGAAGAAGCAGAAGAAAAACCGGAAACUGUUACACAACCAACUGUAUUAGAAGAAGGAAAACCUACACCUGUCGAAGAAGAGAAACCAAAACCGGUAGAAAAAGAAAAACCGAAACCAGCUGAAGAAGAAGCACCAAAACCGGUUGAAGAAGAGAAACCUAAACCAGUGGAAGAAGAAAAACCGAAACCAGUCGAAGAAGAGAAACCAAAACCGGCUGCAGAAGAAAAGCCAAAACCUGUCGAAGAAGAGAAACCAAAACUGGUUGAAGAAGAAAAACCUAAACCGACUGAAGAAGAGAAACCGAAACCAGUAGAAGAAGAAAAACCAAAACCGGCUGAAGAAGAAAAACCAAAGCCUAUCGAAGAAGAGAAACCAAAACCGGCUGAAGAAGAGAAACCAAAACCGACUGAAGAAGAGAAACCGAAACUAGUAGAAGAAAAACCUAAACCAGUUGAAGAAGAAAAACCGAA